AUGGCGAUGACAGUGACCGUGUCGUUGAUGAGCGGCCGGAGUGCAAAGUUGAAAGCUGAACCAGGGUCCUGGGUUCACGAUCUUCGAACAAGAGCUUCGAAAGAACUGAAGACCCCAAUUGGCGGCCUCGUGUUGCAGAUGCAAGGUGCGCCAAACACAACUCCGCUUGAGGAGGAGGCAACGCUGCAGCAGGCUGGAGUUCGGGAUGGCGCGAUGCUCAACGCCACGGUGAGGCAGGUACCUGUGGGUUGCAGUCGGCGCAAUGCAGCCUUCGCCCUUGUUCGUGGAGAUGGAACAGUGGUGACUUGGGGGGAUGCCCAGUCCGGUGGUGACAGCAGCUCUGUUUACCAGAAUUUGACGAAAGUGCAGACGAUCAAGGCGACCUCGAGAGCUUUUGCAGCUUUGCGAAGGGAUGGACAGGUCGUCACAUGGGGUGAUCCUCUUCGAGGAGGUCGAGGCGGACCCAGCUCACAUCUGCAAGACGUCACAAGCCUGCAAGCAUCGCAGAGCGCAUUUGCAGCCUUACGCACUGAUGGAAGGGUCGUCACAUGGGGUGACACAGCAGCCGGAGCGGAUAGCAACUCUGUGUCGCAAAGGUUGCUCGAGGUGAGCUCGAUUUCAGCAACAGCUUUCGCUUUGGCAGCCAUAUGCCAAGACGGACUUGUGGAGACCUGGGGUGACCGCCGCUAUGGAGGUGAUUGUAGGGCCGUGCAGAAGGAGCUGCAGGGUGUCCGAUCGAUCGUCGGAAAUGAUUUUGCUUUCGCUGCCAUCCGUGCCGACAGCAGUGUGGUUUGCUGGGGCAAGGACGAUAGUGGGGGCAGCCCAGGUGAGAUGCAAGCUCAGCUGGUUGAUGUUGUUUCUAUCGAAGCAUCGAGCGCCGCCUUUGCUGCCAUUCGCAGCGAUGGGCGGGUGGUGGCAUGGGGUGACAGACAAUUUGGUGGCGACUGCUCCUCUGUGAGGGAUCAGCUGAUCCAAGUGCAGAGCAUCACCGCAUCUCGAGCUGCCUUUGCGGCGCUGAAGGCAGAUAACACAGUGGUCGUCUGGGGCCACGAGCAGUACGGAGGCACAGUGAGCCUGCAGAUCAGCCCACAGCUUAAUCAUGUCAACCUGAUCAAAGCAACGGAGUUCGCCUUUGCAGCUUUGAAAAGCGAUGGCCAGGUGGUUACUUGGGGCAAUCCGGUGGAGGGCGGCGACAGCCAAUCACCAUCAAUCAAGGAGAAGCUGCGAGACGUACAGCAGAUUGAGGCUUCAUCGGGUGCCUUCCUGGCAAUCCGUUCAGACGGUAGUGUGGUUUGCUGGGGCAACUCCGACAAGGGCGCCUACACCAAGCCUGUCGACGGGUACCUGAAAGAUGUCCACUGCAUCGCGACGUCACUGAAUUGA